CAUAUUUCAGCCUCUAUACACGAACCCUCUUCAUUCGCUCAGACAUUAAUCAUCAGGAGAUUUCUAUUCUGCAUGUCGAGUAUUCUGGCAAGCACAUUACUCAGCGAGCAAUCCAGCUCUCAGACAGCCCCGCCCCCUUCAACCUCCGCCCCCGCUGCAGCAUACAAGCCUCGGAUUCGACGCAAAUUCCCCCGGACGAAGCUAGGAUGUCUCACAUGCCGCUCGAGGCGAAAGAAGUGUGAUGAGCGGAGGCCAAUCUGUCAGAAUUGCGAAAAGAGGAAAGUGGCUUGUUCAUGGCCCGCUUUGACUGAACAGAAGGAUGAAGAGGCCAAUGAUAAUGUUUCUGAAAAGGAAACUCUGAGCAACAAUCAGGACAGAAGGACUGAUGAACGACCAACAAACCACAAUUUGCAAAGUUUCACACCAACUACAACAUCAAUUGUCCCUGUCUCGUCAAGAUCCAGCCCCUCGUCUACUGGAUCGUCAAGUAGACCCUGGUAUAUGCAGUGGUCCCUACCCUACAAUCCCCAUAUCCUCCAAUCAUCCGGGUCUCGCCUCCUAUUCGAUCGAUAUCUCUCCCAAACAUGCAAUGCUUUUAGCAUUACCCCAUCCUCGAAGAAUCCCUUCGCAUCUUACGUCCUCCCACUCGCUUUGUCAGAUGAGCUGUUCAUGAGCUGUGUGCUGGCUGCUUCGGGCGCAGAUAUCUGCUACGAUGAAACAACCGAUUCUCAUACUAAAUCAGUUACUUGGUCCCAUUAUUCCCUUGUGGUACGUGGCCUACGAAACAGGCUGUUCAACAAUACUACUGAAGAUGUUGAAGAUGUCUUACACAUACUACUGCUCACAAUGAUGCUCCUCAUGAUCGAAAUCAUGGCCGCCACCCCGGUGAACCUAAUAUUCCACCACCUCCUUGCAAGCCGACACCUAAUCCACACCAUCCUCACCUCACCCACCCUCCUAACCGCUCCCUCGCACCUCUCUCUCUUCGGGCACCUCUUCGAACUCUACUCCUUCCGCUGCCUCGGGUCCUCAAUCCACCCAGUCACCCAGCUCCAAACCCCCAUCUCUCACUCCAUCCUCGACCUACACUUCUUCAUCGGCAACUUCUCCUCCACACCCCAAUACACUUUCUACUCCUCUAUAUUCGCCGAACAAGGACAUCUACUCUCCGCUUUCCUCCCCGAAAUAUCAACCAUCACCAGCCAACCCGUCACCACAAAAGAAACCCACGAACACCUCUCCCACCGUCUCAGAGCCUGGCUUCCAACCCCUCUUUCUCCCGAAAAAACAACCAGUUCAAUACUCUACCAGAACGCCCUCCUCCUGUAUCUCAUUACGCUUACCUCGUCCCAUCCUCUUCCUACCCCGGAAAUCCAAAUCCGUAUCUCAAUCUGCCUCCCGCUCCUUUCUUCUCUGUAUCCGUCAAGAUUAGAAGGGAUAGUUCUUUGGCCGUCUAUGAUUAUUGGGUCUUGUUUGACAACUGAAGGGGAGAGGGAGGUGCUGAGGAAGGCGUGGGGAAACGCGAGGUAUAAGAUGAGGACGGUGGUUUGGGCGCAAGAGAUGUUAGAGGCGCUUUGGCGAAGGGGGAAGGAAGAGGGAGGGGAAGAUUUUUGGGGGCCGAGGGGGUUGGCGAAGGUCGUUGAGGAGGAGGGUCGGUGA